AUGGCCAAGGUCGACACGGCAGCUAUUUUAGAGCUUUCGAAGUGGCCGACUGCGCAGAAGCUCGUAGCUCGAGCUAGUGAGUUCUUGAAUGAAGUCCAAGACUUAACCCCCGGAAAGGAUCUCGAAGCCAGGCUCAACAAGGACUAUGGGCCUGGAAAUCCCUACUACGAGGACUUCUGCUCGUUUAUUCGGCAGGGUCUCAAAGAAGGAUGGGUAGCCGAAACCGAACUCGAUGGUCCCAAAUACCGACGGGGAAGGAUCAACAUCCCGACAGCCGAGACCAAAUUCUUUAGUAUUACUACCGUCUUCAUGGAUAGCCAGAAAGUCUACACAGGCCAAUACCACGCUCAUCCGUAUGGAGAGAUCAACUGCAUUGUACAGAUCGAUGAGACGGCGGAGAUCAAAGGCAUGCAGGGUUGGCAGGGAGCCGGGUGGACUGCUCCAGGGCCGGGUACGCACCACUAUCCGGAAGUGCGAGGCGGCAGCUUGGUUGCGCUUUUCUUUCUUCCCGCGGGUCGAAUCUCGUACAAUGCGGAGCCCGGGACACCGCAACCCUUGUCCGUCUAA